AUGAACAAUGAAGUGGCAAAUUAUGGAGGUUCAACAGAAACCGCACCGAAUAAGGAAUCAAAGAAAGGAUGGAGAAAGGUAAUAGAGAAGAUACGGAGUUGGUUGUCCUACAAAAACAAGGACAAAUGGUUGGAGGAUAUGAGAGGGAACUUGGGUUUAAUAGCGACAGUCAUCGCAACAAUGACAUUUCAAAUGAUUUUAAAUCCACCCGGUGGCGUUAUGUCGAUUAAAGAUGGGGAAAAUCCACCCAGUACCGACGCAAGUCCACCCAGUACUAACGCAAAUCCACCAGAUGCCGACAAUUAUGACAAAAUUUGUACUUUUGUCUACAAAGAACGUCUAUGUCCAGGUGAAGCUGUCUUAGCUGUUAGGGACUCUAGUGGAUAUCUUGAGUUCCUUAUUUCGAACACAAUUUGUUUUAUUGCAUCACUAAGUGUUUGUCUCUUGCUGGUGAGUGGAAUUCCUAUGCAUCACAGGUUUCUUAUGUGGCUUUUAUCAAUAGGGAUGUGGGUCACUCUCACAAGCCUUGAUUAUUCUUAUUUAAUAGCUGCGGUAAUGACAAUCCCAGAUAGUGUUUAUGUUCGAGCUACCGAAGUUGUUAACAAGGUUUUUUUUACGUGGAUCGGAUUGUCCGCAUUUAUUGGUUUAUGCCAUACACUAAGGUUGGUUACUUGGGGAGUGAUUGUUUUCCUGGAAAGAAAUAAGAAGCCAAAGGAGACUCCGAUUUGCUAG